AAUAAAAAGGUAUGAAUACUAGGAAUAGAAAUAGGGAAUUGAAUUCAUUAUAGGACUUCUUCUUUUCAAAUUUUAAAAAUAUAGGAUAGGAUGCCAUGCCGCUACUCGGACUCGAACCGAGAUGCUCUAGCACUGCUUCCUAAGAGCAGCGUGUCUACCAAUUUCACCAUAGCGGCUUACUCGAAAUCAUAAUAACCAACUCUUUAGUCAAUCGUCGAGAUUGAAAGAAUCGCUUAAAGUGCACUAUUUAUUUAGUACAUUUCUUUACUAAACAUUUAGUAUAAAUUGAUAAUAACAAGUAAAUUUAAAAUUUGUAUUUAUUCGAAUAUCAAAAAUAUGAAAAAAAUUAGAUUCUAUAUAUUUAGAAUCUAUUAUAUAUAUAGAAUCUAAUUCUAUAUAUAUAAUAGAUUCUAAAUAUAUGUUCCAUAUUCUAUACUAGUAUUAGUAUAAAAUGAGUAUUUAAAGAAUACUCUUUGAAUCGAGCUAAUUUAUAUUAUUCCAAUCCAACAUUUUUAUUUUAUUUGUUACAAAUUUUGAUUUACCUGUAAAAAUGGAUUGAGCUAAUGAAAAGGCUUUCAAUGCUGUCCAAUAUCCCUUUUUUUUCCAAAAAUUUUUACGAAUAUUUUUUUUUGAUAUAGAAGUGCGCUUUUUUGGAACUGCCAUACAAUUAGGAUAGUUUUUUUAUUACUAUAGUUCGAUGUGAAAGACAUUUGUUCUGUAAAUGAAAACGAAUUAUUCUGUAAUUAGCCGUAUGUCUUAUUUAUCUUAAUUCCCUCUUUCUUUUUUUCUAUCUAAAGUAAAACCAUUGAAUAUUAUAAAUCUUUUCCAAAUAUUUCAUAGAUAAUAGAUCUAUAUCUAUGGAUCUCUUUUUAUUGUAAUGUAAAAGAAUCAAUUAGUUCAAAAAGAAACUAAUUUAUAUUGUUUUUAUAAUUUAUAUCAAAAUAAACAAAUGUUCUUCGUUUUGGUGUAAUGAUUUAUCCCCACCCUCACUCUAUAUAUCAAAAUUUUGAUUUUAUUUAUUAUUAUUUAAUUUCAUUAUUAUUUAUUAAGAGUCAUUUUUCUUAAUAUAUAUAUAUAUAAAUGACAAACAUAGUUAUUUAUAUUACUUAUAAUUAAUUAAUUAAUAUUACUUAAAAUAAUAAGAUUUUUUUUUAUUUUUACUAGGAAUUUGGUUAUUGGCCGAUUUUGACUUUGUACUUUCCAAUAUUGGAACGAUUGUGCAAAGAUUCAGAACAAUUAAGAAUAUAAAAUUCGAUUUAUUUAUCCACUUUUUAUUAACCGAACCCCUUUACAAAAGAGAUAAAACAAAUGAAUAAGAAACAAAAUUCAUCAAGAAUCAAAAUAUUUUUUAUUCUUUAUUUUUUUUGUAUGGAAUAUAUACAUCAAUAUUCAUGGAUCAUACCUUUCAUCCCACUUCCAGUUCCUAUUUUUAUAGGGGUAGGACUUCUACUUUUUCCUACGGCAACAAAAAAGAUUCGCCGUAUGUGGGCUUUUCCUAGUAUUUUAUUGUUAACGAUAGUUAUGAUUUUUUCGAUCGAUCUAUCUAUUCAUCAAAUCGAGAAUAGUUCUAUCUAUCAAUAUGUAUGGUCUUGGACUAUAAAUAAUGAUCUUUCUUUAGAGUUUGGCUAUUUGAUUGAUUCACUUACUUCUAUAAUGUCAAUAUUAAUCACUACUGUUGGGAUUCUGGUUCUAAUUUAUAGUGAUAGUUACAUGUCUCAUGAUCAAGGCUAUUUGAGAUUUUUUACUUAUCUGAGUUUUUUUAAUACUUCAAUGUUAGGGUUAGUUACUAGUUCAAAUUUGAUACAAGUUUAUAUUUUUUGGGAAUUGGUUGGAAUGUGUUCUUAUCUAUUAAUAGGUUUUUGGUUCACACGUCCUAUUGCGGCAAAUGCUUGUCAAAAAGCGUUUGUAACUAAUCGUGUGGGGGAUUUUGGUUUAUUAUUAGGAAUUUUAGGUUUUUAUUGGAUAACGGGUAGUUUGGAAUUUCGGGAUUUAUUUCAAAUAUUCAACAACUUAAUUUAUAAGAAUGAGGUGAAUCUUUUUUUUGUUACUUUGUGCGCCCUCUUGUUAUUUUGCGGAUCAGUUGCGAAAUCUGCCCAAUUCCCUCUUCAUGUAUGGUUACCAGAUGCUAUGGAAGGUCCUACUCCUAUUUCCGCUCUUAUCCAUGCUGCUACUAUGGUAGCAGCAGGAAUUUUUCUUGUAGCUCGACUUCUUCCUCUUUUCAUAGUUAUACCCCCCAUAAUGAGUGUAAUAGCUUUGAUAGGUAUAAUAACAGUAGUAUUAGGAGCUACUUUAGCUAUUGCUCAAAAAGAUAUUAAGAAAAAUUUGGCCUAUUCUACAAUGUCUCAAUUGGGUUAUAUGAUGUUAGCUUUAGGUAUGGGCUCUUAUCAACUUGGUGUUGAUACUGUCGCUGUAUUCAUAGGAACCUGUAUUCAAACCUUUGACAUGUGUUUGGGACUCGAGAGUUUACUAUGUUUAUGUUCUUGUUCCAGUCCAAAGUGUUUACAACAUUUAUCCGUGUACGUGUAA